AUGUCUUCCACCGGUUCAAACCUCUUCCCCAGUCUCCCGCUCGAGCUCAUAUUGCUCAUCGAAAACCGCCUCUCUAAGCGUGACCUGUCACGCCUCUGCCGCACUAGCCGCACCCUCAAGCAUAUCUUCGCCCCCACUCUCCAUAGCCGCUUCACCGCCGACUUCAGAGAAAUUACCAGCUGGGCGGUCAGCACCCGCCGCAUUCCAUCCCUCCGGGGUAUCCUUGCCCUCGCCCUCAGCCCCACCCCCGAUACCGCAAACCUUGAGCUCGAACUUUGGGUCCGAGACAGGCUCAAGCGCGAAGUGCAACACAGCCUUGGGUCCAGGUUCCGACAUGCGUGGGAAAGCGUCGAACGCCCGCCCCGCCUCGAGCGCAGGUACAGUCCCCUACGCCACCAUGCGAUUGAGCUCGGGCCGGACCAAAUCGUCACGGAAAUGAACUUCCUCAAGCUUCUCCUGGCGCAUGUCCUACGCGGGGAUGUGGAGCUGGUGCACUGGCUGUUCGAGGUGGCGCGCUUCGAGAUGCAGCCGAGUGACCUUAAGGUUGCACAGGACGUUUCACUGCUGGAUGUUGCGAUAUAUCGGAGGUUAAAGGAGAAGGUGAAGAAUGUGGAGGGGAUGAUACAGCUAUUGCUGGACCAUGACCCGGAUCCUAGGCUAACAUGCUGUGUGCGCUUCGGGAACGCCCCACCGGUGAUAUGGUGGCUUGAUCUAAAAGCUGCUAUAGAUAUCACAGAAGAGAAACCCUACAACGAGCGCAAUUAUGCGCAACUGUCAGAUGGAGAAAUUUUCAAAUGGAGUUAUAUAUGGAAACACAUGGUUGGUGAUUUCGGUUGUAAAUUUGACGAGGUUGUGAUUAGAACAAUGAGGGUUAAUACCUCCAUUGUUGUCUCGAACCAGACGUCGGCACCUUCGGAAAUAAACUCAAAUGCAAACACUGAGUUUCAAGAAAUGCCGGAUAUUAUUAUGUUAACAAUGAAUAAUGAAGACGCACCUUCCGAACCACAUCAACCUCUGAUACCUCUCCCAAGAAGUGCUAGUAUUAUAGCAUCUGGUACCGGCUCAAAUGGUAUUAAUACACCAUUUUCAAAGACUCCAUUUAGUUUUGUCCUCAAAAGUAUUCAAGAUAAAAAUUAG